UCUUACUGCUGAACACAAACUGAAUAUUUCUCUCACUGAGUGUUGUGUCUAUUGCAAAAGGUUUUUUGGUUUUGUGUGCCCAAUUUUGAGUAAUGAAGUUUAAUUUGAAUUGAAUUAUUACAUUUUUACGUUCUACUAUUCGCAUAAAUUUUUUUUUUAUUGUUGGCAUUGCAGUUAUUGACCCUCAUGGACAUCACGAAACGCGUUUUUGUUGGAGGACUUUCAUCAGCUAUACAAGAGAAUGAUUUAAAGCCACGAUUUAGUCGCUUUGGCACUGUCACUGAUUUCACAAUUGUAGAAAAGCAGCUCCCUGUCGGAACAACUCAGAAAUUUGCCUAUGUUACAUUUCAAACUAACGAAGAGAAUUGGACAAAAUGUAAAAUGUAUCUUUCUAAAGCUACCUUCAAGGGGAGCGUGUUAAAGGUUGAAGAGGCCAAGCCAUAUUUCAAAGAUAGACUAAAUUCAGAGAAAAAGGUUGAGGAUGAAUCAAGCACUCAAGCUUCUAGUGCUAGUCAAUCUGAACUAAUACUUCCAAAGGAUCCUGUUUUUCACGGAGAAAUUGUCCUAAGUGGUAAACAUGCUAAAGACAUGAAUACUGUAUCCGAUGCAGAUGUUAGGAAAGUUCCACCUCGUAAAGGAUGGAAGAAGGGACCUUACGGACGAGCAAUUGUUCUAUUAAAUAUCUACAACAAGAAAAGUAGAAAAGUCAAGCGAUUUUAUCCAUUGGGUAGAAACUGUUUGCAGAAACUUUGGGGAAAAAUCGAUCCAAAUAUGGAUAAUGCUACAGCAUGGUAUGACCCGGACAACGAUUGCUACCUUACUUACUCAGGAAAAAAGAUUCCUCGCUCCUUAUUUAUACAGCAAGCGAAACAAGUUACUCCAAGGUCAAAAUCUGUCGAUGAGAAUGAUUUUGAGAAUCGACAAGGAGCCGUUGAAGCUCCUGAAGAGCAGGGUGUACUUACUGAUGAACAACUAGACUAUCUUCGUCAAAAGGAGAAGGAUACGGCAAAUUCUGUUUUGGCUGAACUUUUUGGCCAGGCUGAGCCUACUGAGACGUCAAAGAAAGAAUCGGAAGCUAGCAUCAAUUUAGACAAUGAUAACGAAAGCGAGGAACAUAAGACUACCGACAUUCCAUUGGAUGGUUCUCUUCAAAUUUCUGUUCCCCAAGAAUUUGAGGCUUCUGAGAAACAGGCAGCUGUUGUGAACGUAGAUAAUCUGAAAGAAAUGUUUACAAACAACGAAAAUGAAGCUGGAACAUUUUCUUUAUUUGGUGGUGAUGCAGACAUUAGCGAUGAAAAUGAAGAAAAAGGCGAAACAGAAUAUAUGGAAGAGGAGGAGACUCAAGAGCAGCCUUUUAUUCAAAUGGCAGCCGAAGACGAAAAAGCGUGGCCUAUGCUUUUUCCGACAUCAAAAAGCUCUUUUUCGUAUUUUCGCCCUUGCAGUGAACAACCUGUUCAAAAGCAAGCCUUGGAGUCUUGGUGGAAUGAAAAUCGUCUGUUUUUGACUAGGGAUUACAAACGGAAGCGUAAAGAUGCUUUGAAGCGUCUACGACGAGCCCAGCAAAAACAAAUUCAAACGUAAAGUUUCAGUAUUGAAAGAUAUUUCUGAAAAUUUUUUUUUGUUUAAGCUACUUUCAAUUUGUCGAAUUGUAUUUCAUAGAAGCAUCAAGGGCCAUGGGUAUCUAUCAACGGUUUAUAUAUAUAUAUUUUUUUUUAUGUUUUUUGUAAA